AUGUUUGGUGAAGGUCCCGAGGAUGGUUCUCGGGUUUACAUCCCUCCGUUGCUGGACUCGGAGCGUUCCGACGAUCCCGACGACUCCGACAUCCUUCCUCAAAAUGAAGAGCACGGCGCCUCUUACAUCCCCGUCUGGCUACGGGAGUCUUCCAAGUCCUUCAAAUGGGGAUGGGUGCCGCUACCUAUCCGGAAAGUCGCUCGCGCUACGGCGAACUGGGUGAAAGGCCCGGAUCCUCCGCAUGAUCUCCUGUUGAAACCACUGUUCCCCCACAUCCAGGAACUCCCGGUCCGGUACCUGGAACGUUUCUUCCCAAAACGGAAGCAGAAGAUCGCCUUGCUGGGUCUCUUCUAUCUCGCCUGGUUUUUACCAUGGACUAUAAUCUUACUCCAUUCACGUUCCGCCGGUUAUAUCGAGGGCUUCGGCCGCCCGGAAACCCUCACUUGUAGAGCGACACUAUGGGAGUAUGGAAAUGAAUGCGGCCUCAAUGGAAACGACUGCCGUCCCUUUACGGCGGCGACAAUCCCCUUUCGCUGUCCCGCGAACUGCCGGGAUGCCAAGUUGGCGGCACCCCAUAUGGUAGGCAAUCAAACUUACAGCUAUAAAGGUCUAGUGGUUGGCGGACCCCAACCCGGAUCGGAUGAUACCCCAGUCUACCGGGCAGACAGCUUUAUUUGCCAAGCCGCUAUUCAUGCAGGUGUUAUCACAAAUACCAUUGGAGGAUGUGGCGUUUUGAAGCUAGAGGGCGCGACCCAUUCCUUCCCUGCAUCGAAGCAGAAUGGAAUCAGCUCGGUUGGCUUUCCAUCAACGUUCCCCAAGUCAUUUAGCUUUGUUUCCUUAGGCUCGUCGCAGGAAACCUGCCCCAACGACCCGCGCUGGCCGCUCUUGGGUAUUACCAUUGGUGCGCUAGCCACCCUGUGGCUUCUAUGCCGCUCACCCCCAGUACUUUUCUUUAGUACCUUUUUCAUGGUCUUCUGCCAAGUGGGACUGGUGUCCGAUCCACCGACGCUCCCUCAGUUUGCCGAUCUCGUUUCCAGCUUGCUUGCGAACCUCUUACCGGCUUCGUUCGUGGCCUUCGUUCUGUUUAGGUACUGCGCGCGGCCACUUCUUCGGCCACUCUCUGAUGCCACCUAUCAGAUAACAAAGACGUUCCUAUACCUGCCUCCCGUGUUCAUUGGUGCAUUGAACAACUACACCUUUGCACGACUGAUUCCGCUCGAACGCCUUACACCUCACGAUAUCCAGCGGCAGCCUGGAGCGAAGGUAGCGCUGGCUAUGGUUAUCCCGACGGUUAUUUGCAUUAUUCUCAGUCAGGCCUGGCAGAUCCGCCAAGGCGGGUUGAUGCCGCAUUAUCUCAAGAUCUACUGCACGAUGGGUCUUAUUCUUUUGAUCUUGCUUCCGUUGCCUGGCCUCCGUCUCCGGAUUCACCAUUACAUCCUUGCAAUUCUUCUCAUGCCUGGCACUGCAAUUCCUACGCGGCCUUCGCUGGUUUACCAAGGACUGCUUCUUGGCCUUUUCAUGAACGGCAUUGCUCGGUGGGGUUUCGCAUCGAUCAUUGAGACACCCGCCGCACUGGGCGAGCUACCUGGUGGCGCUCACGGAUGGUGGGGGAGUACCUUCCCCAACGUUACCGAUACAACUGUGAACAUCACCCUCCCUGGCCCGGGUUCUAACGAACUAUACCAUGGGAAUGGCAACAUUACAUUCACGCUAUGGGAGAAGGAACGCAUGGCCGAUCUGGGUGUGGACGGUGUUUCGGUCCUAGUCAACGAUGUGGAGCGCUGGCGUGGAUACCUUGAUGAGGAUACGCUCGGAGAAUUCACCUGGCAUCGCCACGGACAUAAUGGCCUGGAGCUCCUGCACCGUCCGACGAUCGAGAGCGACCAGGCCGAUAUCGAUUCGACGGACAUGGCGGAUGAGGACGACAAUAGACCUGAAGAUCUGUUUUUCCGUUUUGCGUUCUUGAAGGGAGCUGAAGCAGGCAAGUACGGUGGUGCCGGUGUGUGGCUGGAGGACGGGGGGUGGAUUUCACCCCCGCCGCCGAAAAGGUAG